AUGGGGAAGUGGAUUCGUUCUAAAUGCGAGUACUUCGUUGGCGAUCACGUGCGUUUUUGGGGACUACGCUCGAGUUACCGCUCGGGUGAACAAUGGAUCAAGCUUGCUUUGCGUUACGCCAGACUUAGGGUCGACUGGGAAUACUUCGAAGACAGUGACCGUCAGUUUCCAGAUCCUGGAGCUGUGCCAGGUAGAAUGCCUCUCAUGAUUCAAGAUCACUGGUCUGAUGGCUACAUUUCGACACGUAACUCUUCAUUCGACACGCCAGUAUCCAGUACAACUACCCCAACGCUACCUGUUCCGUUACCUGGUAUUUACGACAUCUCACCGAAGCUUGUGGAGAAAGAUUCACGUGUAAACAUCACGGUUCAUGGCCAGAAUUUCGAGAGAAAUAAGACUUUUUGCCAUUUCAGCUCACAGCCAGAGCCCGUCCCCGCUAUUGUCAAGUCUCACGCCGUCGCGUUGUGUGCUUUCGACGGAUCUCUGGCAGACCCUGGCAGCAUCAGCCUCUCGCUGAGCUUAAACCGUGCACGGCCAAGUCUUGCCACCGAGGCUUUUCUCCUCCUGAACCGUCCGACAGUGGCCUCCAUCUAUCCUCGACGAGGCCCGCUGGAAGGAAACUCUACAAUUCUCGUCACAGGCACUGGAUUCGCUGCCACUCAAGCGCUUUAUUGCCAUUUUGACGGACAAGCGAAAGUACGCGGUCAACGGUUAACAGAUACUAUGCUGCAGUGCGUCACACCACCCAGUCGAAGUGGACGGGACUCGGACCUUCGCGUCUCGAUUAACUCCAGUAUUUACUCUUCAAAUAGUACCCAUUUUCUGUACCAGGACAUGCCUCGAUUGGAGAGUAUGUCACCGUCCUACGGCAGUGUCGAAGGUGACGUGUCUGUGGUUAUUCGAGGGCGAUGGCUGAACGCUUCAGAAGAUGUCGUUCUGUGUGCAUUUGGCGCAUCUCGAGUUGCUACGGUGACUGUAAACUCCACAACUGUAAUUGCCAAAGCUCCUCGCAGCGCAGUCGGAGUGGGCGCCGUGAGUGUGAAGUGUACGUUGAAUGGAGAGGUGAUUACGCCGACAGAGUUCGCGUACCGGUAUCUACAGACACCUCGUGCUUCUCGCGUUACGCCACAAAUGGGACUGGCAUUUUCUAAUACCCGAAUUCUGGUCGACGGAACUGGUUUCAGUGAGAAAUACCCGAUGACUUGUCACUUUGACCACGUGAGUUUCCCUGCAGUCGUUUUAUCUCCCUCCCAAGUGGAGUGUAUCGCACCACCACAUAGUGAGGGCGUUGUGAACGCUAGUGUUACUUUGAGUGGGAGUCCUGUCGGACAGGCGGUAGUUGCUUUCGAGUAUAUCGCUGAGCCAAAGCUGCUGCAAGUGAUGCCACCGCUCGGAUCUGAGACUGGAUCAACGAAGCUUUUAAUCAUUGGAGAGCGAUUUACUCGUCGUGCAGAAAUGAGCUGCUCUUUCAGCCGCCAGGACGACGUCACGACUGUCACCACGACUGCAUUCUGGGCAGGCGAAGGUCUGUAUAUUUGCCACACCCCGCCAUUUAGUCCUGGACCGGCCUACGUCCAGCUUGCAGUCGUUGAACCGCAGGUAUUCUCCGUUUCCCCACAACGUAGCUCAGCGGCCGGAGAUGCUCUUGUGACGAUAACUGGAGCUGGCUUUAUCGAUUCUGAACUCUUUCGCUGCAAAUUGGGGUCGACAAUUGUGCGUCCAGUCAAAUUCGAGAGCGAAUCACGUGUCACGUGUAAGUUUCCGCGUCCCAUUCAGUCCGGCGUUCUGCCUGUGCGAGUGUCGAAUAACAAGCAAGAUUUUACGACCGACCCGGUGCUUUUCGAGCUUCACGCUCCAGUUGUGGUGGAUUAUGCUACUCCGCUUUAUGGAUUGGUUGACGAAGAAGCUACAAAAGUGGAUCUGAUGGGCCACAACUUUCAUGAACUGGAAGAUCUCGAGUGCCAAAUUAUUCAAGAAAGUGCCAACGUACGAGCUACUGCUGUAGCCAUCUUCGCGAGUGCAGCGAUAAGCACAUGCUCGCUGCCAACACCCAAGGAGGUGUACUCACUUUCCAACGUAUCUGUGUCUAUGCUAAUGACCUUGCGAGUGCAAGAAGUGGGGCAGACGAAUGUCAUAUUUGAGGCUCCCUUCCGGUAUCUGGCAAGACCGAUAUUAUUGGCUGCUUUCCCCACACUUUUACUGGUUACCGGAGGACAAACGGUUUGGAUCGAGGGCGUGAAUCUGGCAUUGGACAUAGACCUGAUGUGUCAAUUUGAGUCGUAUUAUCCGUACGACCAGGUGCCGUUCGUGGUGUUCAAUAGAACUCAUGGGUCCUGUGUUACACCGGAACGUUCUCCGGGAUUGGUGGACGUGCGCUUGUGCUUCCGUGGCGUGAAUAGAUGCAGUCUCAACUCGAUAACUGUCUCCUACGUUCGAGUUCCGGUGGUUCAUAAAAUGGUACCGAGCUUCCGGUUGGAAGCAGAGAGAUCACUGAUUUCAGUGAUCGGGAACGAUUUCUGCAAUGUGCCUAUGCAUUGCGAUUUCGACGGAGUGAGGACAUUGGCCGCUUUCGUUAACCAAUCGCUAGUGGAAUGCCCAGAUUCACUUUUUCAACGGCACAAAUGUGCAAAGUUUUCGCUCCUUGUGGAUGGAGUUAAUGUUCUCGACACGCCACUGGAUUUCUGCUCUCAGGUUGCCCCUUUGGUGAACUUGAUUCGACCAAGAACUGGCCCUGAACGAGGCGGGACACGAGUGUUGGUCAGUGGAGGACCAUUUACGACUGAUAGUGGAUACUCGUGUCGUUUUGGAGACGUCGAAGUUCCGGCCGAUUAUCUUUCUACCUCGCAACUGUUUUGCAUCUCCCCACCAAGUCGAGGGCUCACAGUGGCGUUCUCGGUGUCUGGAGUCAAUUUCUCGAUCUCUGACGGACCUAAACUAACGUUUACCUAUCGCCCAGCUCCCGUUGCGAGUGGGAUAAAUCCCACGCGAGGAUCGGAGGAGGGGCAGUAUGUCGUGACCGUCCAGGGCCUAAACUUCGUUCGUGGUGCUGGACUUCGAUGUCGCUUUGGUGUUUCUGCUGUGGUUGCGGGAAGAUGGCUGUCCGAUACUUCGAUAUCUUGCGCGGUACCUCCACAUCAACCUGGAUGGGUAGACAUCCAAGUCACCAACAACUUACAGGAUUAUUCUAUUCAGCCACUGAGAUUUGAGUACGUGGUGAGCCCCACGGUUCUUAGCUUCGAGCCGAGGACAAUGUACGCACAACACCCGACAGAGCUUAUUAUCCACGGACGUGACUUCCAGAACUCCAGCGACGUGCGAUGCAUCAUCGGUAACGACCUCAGUCCAGCAGCUUUUCUGUCCGAGACCAGACUGAAAUGUGCUCCAGCUAUUCUAGUGGAGACUUCGGUCGUGAUUGGAGUCGUCGAUUUCUCACUGUCGAUGGUUGGGGCGUUUGCACACGACAGACUAAAGGUACUAGACGAUGGAGUGUGGUCGCUUCGACCCCGUGUGACUUCUGUACGCGGUGAAACUCCGAUUGUUCUCUCUCGACGUUCGAAUGAUGAACCGUUGGAGUUUGAAGUUGUCUAUGGCCGAUUCUGCUCUAGAAAUGAAGUCGUGUGCUCUGAGCUGACAGUCGCAAGUCGUUUAGAAACCAACAAACUCCGUUGGUUCCCUCCACGAUGGACUGGCCCAGAUUUGAUGGGGGUUGUGGAGAUUUUCAGGCUGACGAAUGUAUCGAUGGUUCCGACUGCACCGGUUGCAAGUUUUCCAUACCGGUAUUGUCGAGAAGUAGAACUCAAGAGUAUCACACCAUCGAUUGGAUCUGUCACGGGUGGUACAGUUGUUACACUAUCAGGUAACUACUUCCAGGAUGGACACAAUCUCAGCUGUGUAAUGAACGCAGCAACGUUCGUCUCUGCGCAAUUCAUCACUGACACGAUGGUCAGCUGCACAAUCCCAGCUUAUGCGUCUGGGCCACGAGAGAUCCGAGUGUUUGUGUCGUUGAACGGACUGGAAGUUAGCAAAUCCUCUUUGGCCUUUAAGUAUGUGGAGGACCCUUCCGUUUUCAGUAUUUUCCCGACUGGGGGACCAAUUACUGGCACAACAAUGGUGAGUGUGGUCGGUGCACAUUUCGUGAGUACAUCAAAAAGCGAGUGCAGUUUCGGAUAUCAUAGUGUCCCUGCAAUUGUUGUCAGCUCAACCGAAGUGACUUGCAUUGUCCAGCCGUCGAGUUGGCCGUCAAUUGGAUCUUUGCGCUUCCGAUUCUCGUCGAAUGGUCAGGACUUUUCAAGAGAGAACGUGUCGUAUUUCAUCUACGAGGACCCUGUAUUGCUUGAUAUGAGUCCUCGUGUUGGGAGUGUGAGUGGAGGAACGAAACUGACUUUUACGUGGGAUCAAGAGGUCCCGAUUGAAUAUUUCGGAAACGUAUCGUGUCAAAUUGGUUCAAUUGCUGUGGAUGAAGUUCUUGUAACUAAAACGACGGCUUCUAUCGUUGUUCCAGCGGCACAAAGUAGCCUUGAGGGGCCAGUGACGACUCGACUUUCACUGAAUGGACAAAACUACAUUGACGGUCCACAACUUUGGUAUUUUCUCGAGCCUAGAUUUGAUUCCAUUUACCCAAAUAGUAGCGGAGAGACGACGCGUACUUGGAUUCGUAUAGCAGGUGAAAAAUUCCCUCGACUUACGACUUUGAGCUGCUGGUUUGGAAGGCUGGAUAGUGUAAUGGUAUCAGCAGAAUGGGUAUCUGAUAAACUGGUCCUCUGCCGUGCUCCAGCUCAUCGUCCAGGAACAGUUGACUUUGGGUUCUCGAUCAAUGGCGUGGACGUUAUUGGUACCAAGCUGCAGUUUACAUUUACACCCAAGACACUCACACGAGAUUUCUAUCCAAUCUCAGGCCCGAAUUCGGGUGGAUCGGAGCUAACAAUACCUGUGGAUAGUGACUUUCAGCACUGCAGACGUGUACACUGCAUUGUCGGUGCUCUCAAAGCCGUCGCCGUCCCGGACAACACAAAUGCUGCUGUGAAGUGCACUAUGCCCCCACAAGAUAAAGCCCAAGAGGUUUCUAUCGCUGUCGAGUGUGAUGGUCAAUCCAGACUGGAGCUAGAGAGAAAGUUUUCGUACUUUAACGCACCGAUUAUUUCCGAAAUUGAGCCACGAUCGAUGUCGUUAGCACUUGGUGGCAUCAUUUCCGCUCGCGGACGUAACUUCCCAGAUAGUACCGUGUAUUGUCGGUUUGACUCCAAUUCUGUGACUACUGCAAUAGCUGUCAGUGACUCGGAAGUUCGAUGUGUUGCGCCCGCUUUCUCUUCCCACGCAGUCUUUUCCUACAUUGCACUGGAGAUCUCAACAAAUGGCGUUGACUUCACUACCAGCGGCACCAAGAUCCAACUCACACCUUCUCUAGACGUGACUGCGAUGGGUCCGAGACACGCGAUUGUCAACCAAGAAGUCGAAGUUUUGGUUUAUACAACUGGAUUGAUAAUUAAUCCAGGGAUUUUCACGUGUCGGGUUGGAGAAGCGUAUCAAGUACCUGCGUCCAUCGCAUCACAUUCCUCUAUCAGGUGCCGGCUUCCAGCUGUUUCUUCUCCCGGACAAGUGACGGUGGCUGUAUCCAAUAACGGAAUCGACUUUGUUGGAGGAUCUCACACUACACUUUUCUAUCACGCAGUCCCUAUCGUGCACGCUAUCAGCCAGAGCAGCGGGUCAGUCUUUGGCGGUGAAAAUGUGGUGGUUUCUGGCCGUGGAUUUGUUUCUGAAGUGGAGAUGAGCUGUGUCUUUGGCAACACGAACGUGAAGGCGACUUAUCUGCACGAAGACGCGGCGUCUUGCUUGGUGCCGCCUUCGCGAUGGCUUGUCGACGUCCAAGGUGAAUACUCAAAGUCAAGCUCGAAAGUUGUCUUUAAACUCGGUACUGGGCUCGAUUCCUCCGUAUCGGUGCUGGAGCAAGAGAGUGAAUGGUUCUGGACUUACCAACUCCCGAUAGUCGACGUUGAUAUCCAUCCCACACGGAUUUUGACUGGAAGAUCUGUGACGGUGCAUGUGAAGGGGUUAAAUGCGCUGUCAUUGUACACAAUGAGGCUUGUGCUAGAGAAUGACAAAGGAGCAGAAACGCGCAUAUCUUUAGUUCCCUCAAGCGAUGAGCGAAUUCACGACUUUGAAGGGGAAUUAGAGCUUGCUGUUGCUGGUCGAUACGAAGUGGAGAUCGAGGACAGUGGAGGCAAAAUCAAGAGUUGGUAA